UGCACCAUUGCAUUUUCUCCCAGGAAGAAACAUGGCUGCCUACUGUUCAGCGAUGGUAUUUUUAUUUACGUUUCAUUUGUUUUCUGUUUUAAGACAGACAGAGGAAGAAAGAGCUUGUGUCAGAAGCCAUUUUGAGUAACCGUUUAGUCCAGUAAGUUGUCAGAGUUUCGGUAAAAAGGAGGUAUUUCCUCUGUCGUGGAGACACCGACCGUUCACAGUCAGAUUUUUUUUUUUAAUUUUCGCUGAGCUGUCAAGCUGCUUGUCUGCGAUUGAUUUGCCUUUGUUAGCGUGCUAAGCUAGCCAAAAACUAUAUAACUGCGAUUCCAACGCGUACACAGACAGUGCUAGUCGCGAUGUUUAGCCCCGUGAAUUCUUCUUAUUUCAGAGUCAGUCCGGCCAUUGUCAACAGAGAACUCGGCAAGACCAAGAUGAGAUAGCAAGAGGGCACGUCGGAGUGCUAACACACGUUUUACUGCGAGGCUGAAUCCCAGCAUAACCGAGAGGAAAACGGAGUAAAUACAAUUAAAAAAAAACACGCACACAGCAUGUUUGGGAAUCUUUUCGAGGAAGAGGAGGAGGAGGAGGGCUUCUCUUCAACUUCCUCCAAGGGAAGAGUAGCAAAAGGGGGAGAUGAGCCACCUCCACCCCGAGGAAGGAGCAGUCUGUGCGGCAUCAAGAACCAGGGGGGGACCUGCUACCUCAACUCUCUGCUCCAGACCCUGCUGUUCACCCCCGAGUUCAGAGAGGAGCUGUUCAGUCUAGGGGCAGAUGAAUUAGGAUGUCUGGAGGACAAAGACAAACCAGAGGCAAAAGUCAGAGUGAUCCCACUGGAGCUUCAGAGACUGUUUGCCCGUCUGUUGCUGGUGGACCAGCAGAGCGCCUCCACUGCUGACCUCACUGACAGCUUUGGCUGGAACAGCAGCGAGGGGACAAAUCAGCAUGAUGUGCAGGAACUAAACAGGAUCCUGUUCAGUGCCUUGGAGCACUCUCUUGUGGGCACCAGCGGCAGUACAUUUAUCCACCGGCUCUACCAUGGGACCAUUGUCAACAGCAUUGUCUGCAAGGAGUGUGGAAAUGUCAGCCAGAGACAGGAGGACUUCCUGGACCUGACAGUGUGUGUUUGUGGUGUAUCUAGCCUGGAAGAAGCUCUGUGGACCAUGUUUGUGGAGGAAGAGUUGUUUGAGGGCAAUAACCUGUACCGCUGUGCACAGUGUAACAGAUUGGUCACUGCUGCCAAGUCUGCCAAGCUGAAGAAGCUGCCUCCAUUCAUGACUAUGUCUUUGCUGAGAUUCAGCUUUGACUUUGCCAAAUUUGAGCGAUACAAAGAGACGGGGCGCUACAGCUUCCCCCUCACCAUCAACUUACGACCUUUUUGUGAACAGACUGAUGGCGAGGACUCUGAUUACACGUAUGAGCUGUUCUCUGUGAUCAUCCAUAAGGGCGGCUGCUAUGGUGGCCAUUACCACGCUUACAUCAGGGAUAUUGAUGAGCUCGGCCAAUGGGAGCCACCGGAGGAGGACUGUAAACCCAAAACUCAGAAGAAAGUCAGGGAGGAGGUCAAGAAAGUGUGUGAGUCUAAACUUCAAGAAGAUGACCCUUUGUCUGUCCUCACUGCUAUUAUUGCCCAGGAGUCAUCAAAAAGCGUCUUGUUGGACCAACUAGGCCAAAAACUCAUGGAUAAAAUUGGUUCAUCCUGGAGCAGAAAGUUCAGAAAACACUAUGGUCCCAUUGGCAAGUUCCUACAGUCCCACAAUGAAGUUUUCCUCUUGGUGUCUAACGGUACUCGGGUGGCACUGAAGACUAACCCGUCCAGCCCAGUGACUGAGCCUCCCGGCCCAGCAGAGCAGACCACUAACUCUGAUCCUGCAGCAGCUCCAAACCAAGAAGCUUCUGAACAACAGCUAGGACCAAAUCAGAAGUCAGAAUCUAAACCAGAGCAGGGUAGCCACUGGUUUGACCUGAAUGACUCCACCGUGACCUCCAUCAGGGAGUCGGACAUAGAGAAGCAGUUCCAGGGCAAAGAGAGCGCCUACAUGCUGUUCUACAGGAAAACACAGCUGCACAGGCCCAGCGAAGCUCUGAAUGAUCCCCAAUAUAAGAUUCCUUCUCACCUCAUUCAGAUGGCUCAGGAGGAAAACCUCAAACUGCAGCAGAUGCGCGAGGAGUUUGAAGCUACCAAUAACACGGUGGAGCUGCGUCUGCACCUGGCACCCUCCUAUAAGUUAGAAAAUGGAGCCCUGCAACCAGUCAGCAGAGAUUCAGAUGGGAGCACUGCACUCAGUUUUGACCGUAGGAAGACGGUGGGAGACCUGCGAUUAGCCAUUUAUCAGAUGCAGGAACUCUGGGAAGGAGAUAUGGCGCUGACAGUUGCCAAAAGUCUUCCAGCAGGUUUACACCUCUACAAUACUCUGACAGAUGACACUGUAUCCCUCUAUAGUGCAGGAAUCUACACAAACACUGACCUGUUUGUGUGGAAUGGCAGAGAAGUGUGUGGUGGAACUGUCCAAACUGGAGCCGAGUGGGAGCCCGUCCUGCUGACUGUAGUUCGUCCCUUUUUGGGGGAAAAUGUGGAACAAGAAGUGGAGGAUGGGGCCGAGUGUGAGGAGAGCAAGGGAGGUUUUGAAAAUGGGGGACCAGGGCUUAAAAGGGAGGCGAGGGGGUUUGCAGGUGGCGCGACUCUUGGGGAGGUGAAGGAGGCUCUGGGGGAGCCUAAGGAGAGCCUGCUGUGUCAGGAGCAUAAGGGAGGAAAAAGAAAAGAGCAGGGGGCAGGAGAGGGAGGAGGGGCAAGCGGAUGGAGAGUGUUUCCCCCGGAUGACAUGCAGCGGACUCUGAAGGAGCUGUCACUGAAAGAUGGAGACGCUCUGUUGGUGUUGGAGCCACAGUCGUUUGACAGCAGCGUGUUCACCCGAAGCGGAGACGUCGUCACUGUGACCACGCCGUCUGACUGCCGCUGGCUCCAGGUGGAGUUCAGACCUCAUGUAAAGGGAGGGGAAGGGGAGAAAGAGGAGGAGAGGAAGAAAAUUAAGGUCCCAGCAACAGGAAAUAUGCUGCUGUCUGAGGUGAAACAAAGAGCUAUAGAGGAGCUGCAGCUGCAGGAGCAAACCCCAGGCAAGAUACUCAGCAACGCAGCAGUACAUAAUCACUUAAAAUAUACAAGUACGUUAAAGUUUGUUAAACUAAUAAAAUGUAUGCAUAAAAAACAGGAUUUAAUGUUGUUUUGUAUAUUCAUAUCCUUGCAGUCUAACUGUUGAAUAUGAUUCAAUUCA